AUGGCAGCACAACUACAACCUCUGCCGCGUCCCAUCGCCAUCUUCCCACAGUUCAUUGCGCGCCAAAGCGAAUCCAUCAAGCUGCGCGAAAAGAUCAUGUCGCUCUCUGGCGACAGCUUCUACAUCGAAACAUACCCGUCCAAGCAACCCCUCCUCCAAGUCAAGGGCGACGCCUUCUCCCUCUCAGGCCGCAAAGCUGUCGCCGACAUGCAGGGCAACCCGCUCUUCACCAUCCGGAAGCAGCACUUCUCCAUUCCCAGCACCUACUACGCCGAAGAUCCUGCCGGCAACAAAUUCUUCGAGGUACAGGGCAAAUGGAGUCUUGGCUCCAGCAAAGCGGUGGGCGUCUUCAGCUACAGAGACCAGCAGACGGGGCAGCCCCGGGAGGGGAGGCUCUUCAUGAAAGGCGACUUCUUUGAUCGCAAGGCGGACAUCAAGGAUGAGGCGACCGGACAGGUGGUCGCGACCAUCGAUCGCAAAUUCCUCAACGCGCGCGAGUUGCUGGGCGGCCAGCAGACGUAUCUCGUGACGUGCGCGCCGGGGAUUGACAUGGCGCUCAUCUGCGCCAUGUGUAUCUGCUUGGACGAGCGCAGGAACGAGAAUUAG